CUUCCCGCGCCUAAGGUACCUGGCUGGUCGGGUUCCGGUGGCGUGGGCCCUUGCACACCGCCUCUUCUUCCGUCCUCCUUUGCUCGCGGUGGUGGUUGUCUUGGUUACUGCGCUUAACGGUCCCCGGCGAUUCCUUUUUGAGGGGUUGCACCCUGAGCUGCUGACUGAAGAAGCCUUCGGUUCCUGGAAGAGUCGGGGUGGUGGCAGGUCCACCCGUGGAUGUGGAGUAAUUGACGCUUUUGAGAAGAUUAAAUUGGGAAAGAAAACUGGCCCAUAAUAAAAGAUGUCUCGAAAACUUCCUACGGAGCUCAAAAAAAUAAAUAUCUCCAGUUCUCUGGAAUCUGAAGAUAUUAGCUUAGAAACAACAAUUCCUACAGAUGAUAUUUCCUCGUCAGAAGAGCGAGAGGGUAAAAUGAAAAUAACCAGGCAGCUAAUUCAACGCAAAGAACUACUUCAUAAUAUUCAAUUACUGAAAAUAGAACUAUCCCAGAAAAAUAUGAUGAUUGACAAUUUGAAAGUGGAUUAUCUUACAAAGAUUGAAGAAUUAGAGGAGAAACUGAAUGAUGCACUUCACCAGAAGCAGCUACUUACUUUGAGAUUAGACAGCCAAUUGACUUUUCAACAGAAGGAUGCCAGAAAAUACCAAGAACUAAUGAAACAAGAAAUGGAAACCAUUUUAUUGAGGCAGAAGCAACUAGAAGAGACAAAUCAUCAGCUAAGAGAGAAAGCUGGAGAUAUUCGUCGAAACCUACGUGAUUUUGAGUUGACAGAAGAGCAAUACACAAAGCUAAAAACUUUUCCUGAAGAUCAGCUUUCCAUUCCUGAAUAUAUAUCUAUUCGUUUCUAUGAACUAGUAAAUCCAUUAAGAAAGGAAAUUUAUGAACUACAUGUGAAAAAGAAUGACCUAUCAGAAGAAUUAAGUACAAAUAAAGGCCAAUUGAAGCAAUUGACAGAGACAUAUGAAGAAGAGCGAAGAAAUUACUCAGAACUUCAAAUUCGAUGUCAACGUUUGGCCUUAGAAUUAGCAGACACGAAGCAAUUAAUUCAGCAAGGUGACUACCGUCAAGAGAAUUAUGAUAAAGUCAAGAGUGAACGUGAUGCACUGGAACAGGAAGUAUUCGAGUUGAGGAGAAAACAUGAGAUACUUGAAGCCUCUCACAUAACUCAAGCUAAAGAAAGAAAUGAAUUAUCAAAAGAGGUGGCCACCUUACAGCAGACAGUUACUUUACUUCAAAAGGAUAAAGAGUAUCUCAAUCGCCAAAACAUGGAGUUGAGUGUGCGCUGUGCCCAUGAAGAGGAUCGCCUUGAAAGACUUCAGGCUCAACUUGAAGAAACCAAAAAGGCUAGAGAAGAGAUGUAUGAAAAAUAUGUAACAUCCAGAGACCAUUAUAAAAUAGAAUAUGAAAAUAAACUACAGGAUGAACUAGAACAAAUCAGAUUGAAAACUCAUCAGGAAAUUGAACAGCUUCGAAAUGCCUCUAAGGAAAUAUAUGAACGAGAAAACAGAAAUCUUCGAGAAGCAAGGGAUAAUGCUAUGGCUGAAAAGGACCGAGCAGUGAUGGCCGAAAAGGAUGCUUUAGAAAAACAUGACCAGCUCUUAGACAGGUACAGAGAACUACAACUUAGUACUGAAAGCAAAGUAACAGAAUUUCUCCAUCAAGCUAAAUUAAAGUCUUUUGAAAGUGAGCGUGUUCAACUUGUACAAGAAGAAACUCUAAGAAAUCUUACACAAUGUCAGCUGGAAUGUGAAAAAUAUCAGAAAAAAUUGGAGGUUUUAACUAAAGAAUUUUAUAGUCUCCAAGCCUCUUCUGAAAAACGCAUUACUGAACUUCAAGCACAGAAUUCUGAGCACCAGGCAAGGCUAGACAUUUAUGAGAAAUUGGAAAAAGAGCUAGAUGAAAUAAUAAUGCAAACAGCAGAAAUUGAAAAUGAAGAUGAGGCUGAGAGGAUUCUUUUUUCCUAUGGCUAUGGUGCUAAUGUUCCCACAACAGCCAAAAGACGACUAAAGCAAAGUGUCCACUUGGCAAGAAGAGUUCUUCAGUUAGAAAAACAAAACUCAUUGAUUUUAAAAGAUCUUGGACAUCAAAAGGACCAAGUAACACAGCUUUCACAAGAGCUUGACAGAGCCAAUUCGAUGUUAAACCAGACGCAACAACCUUACAGAUACCUUAUUGAAUCGGUACGUCAGAGAGAUUCCAAGAUUGAUUCAUUGAUGAAGUGUAUAGCACAACUUGAGAAAGAUGUCAGCAACUUAAAUAAAGAAAAGUCAGCUUUACUACAGAUGAAGAAUCAAAUGGCACUAGAUUUAGAACAACUUCUAAAUCAUCGUGAGGAAUUGGCAGCAAUGAAACAGAUUCUCAUUAGUAUGCGUAGUAAACAAUCUGAAAACAACUUACUUCUUACUAAAACAGAAUCAAAAAAUCUGACAGAAAAUGAGACAUCAAAGACUUUGAAAAUGCCUAAAGAACAUGAAGACAAUAUAUUUAUACCCAAGCCAACACUCUUUAAAGUUGCGAUCUCAAUCAAAUAAAGAACAGCUGUACGGAUCCACUCGGCAGUAAUGGAGACUAAGCUGACAGGAAAGAGAAAGCAAGAAACUUCUGCUGACCAGCCUGGACACAAGGCAGCUCCAGGGAUUCAGCAGCCCUGUCCCGGAUCUUUUCCUCUGCAGUACAUCAGCUUCUCUUUGUUUCUCUCCUGGUUUCUGCUUACUCACAGUUUCCACUUCCUCAUUGCCUUGUUCAUGGCCCUUGUCUUGAGACAUCUUUCUGUGCAUCCUUUCCAUAUCUGCUGUCUUGGAACCUAGCUUUUGCUGCAUUUUUCAGGACGAAGAAUCACAUUGGCGCAGCUCCCCCUCACUGGGUGGUACUCUCUUUUGGGCAAGACCUCCUAAAAUCAUUAGUCAGCCAGCAGAAUGACUGCCCUUACUGGUGAACAGGUUCACAUGGUACCAAAUUUAGCUACUUAGUGCUAUUUUUUUAGGGGGACUAUGGCUAGGUUUUCCUCAGAAAGUGGGCUGGAAUUAUGGUGACUGUUAUAUUGUAAUCUACAGGAAGAAGGCAGACCAAAUGCAUAAACAAUGAGAAAAUAAGCUCCAAUGAAAACCACAAGAUAGAGUCGAAUAUUUAAAACUUAUCACAACUCUCGCAGCCAGGUGUGGUGGUCCACACCUGCCAUCCCAACAACUCUGGAGGCUGAGACAGGAAGAUUCCAACUUUGAGGCCAGUCUGGGCAACUUAAGGAGACACAAUAUAAAAAUAAAAAGUUAGAAGGCUGGGGGGGUAAUUUAGUGCUAAAGCACCCCUGGGUUCAGUCCCUAGUACCAGAGGGAAAAAAUUCCCUGAUCCUUCUCUUUCCAAGCAGUAAUAACCUACUCCUUUUGAACCUGCUUUUCCACAUUUCUGACUUUAACUUGGUAACCUGAUUGUGAUUUCCUGAAAUCCCGAGUGCAGCCAGUACAUGAAUAAGAGUAAGAUUUCCCAGUAUCUCAAGAUCAGGUUAUGCAGUGAGGAUAAAACUUAAGAAGAGUCACUAUAUAAAGUGUUAAUUAGGUUGUUUUCAUGUUUUCUUUUUGCUUCUCUGUAUUUUCUAUUUUGUUUUCUGAUAAAGUUUAUUAUUUUAUAAUAAGGGAACAUUUUCAAAGAGGUUUAUGAGUUUAUCUGCUCUCAUUAAAACUGAGAGGUGGGCUGGGGAUAUAGCUCAGUUGGUAGAGUGUUUGCCUCACAUACACAAGGCCUUGGUUCAAUCCCCAGCACCAAAAACAAACAAACAAACAAACAAACUGAGAGGUGAUACUAUAGACCUUUCAAAUCAAGAUUAUGUACUAAUGCAAAGUUAUUAAGUGGACCAGGUGGUAGCACACACCUAUAAUCCCAGCACCUCAGGAGGCUGAGGCAGAAAGAUCAUGAGUUUGAGGCCAGCCUCAGCAAUUAGUGAGACCCUAAGCAACUUAAUGAGACCCUGUCCCAAAAUAUUUUUUUAAAGGGGGUGGGGGGGGCUAAGGAUGUGAAUCAGUGCUAAAGAGACUCUGGAUUCUAUCUCUAGGACCCAAAAGAAUUAGUAAUGAGGUUUAUGUAAUUAAUACACUCUCAGCCUGUUUUUAUCUAUAAAUUAGGAGGAAAUUAUAUGAAAUUCAUUCUGGACUUUCU